GCAAUAUUUGAGGGAGGAAAUUAGAAUUAACAUAAAAAGUAAACUACUUUUACUGAGCACGUAAUUAUUUAUUCUUGAGUUUAAGUAGGUAUAAAUGCCAACCAAAUCGAAAUGUGUUUGAGAAUAUCCACGUAUUUUGGAUUAUUUUUUGUAUUUUGAGUUGGGCGAGCUAAAAUAACCCGCCUCCACACUGCAACUUGUGGUAUUUCACCACUGUAAGCGAGGCUUUGCGGGCUGCGGGUGUGCUGUCAAGCAGGAAGACAAUUAACUUUGCGUUUAUGUUUCUUUGCAGCAAUAUCUCAAAGCCAAAUAACUGUUAAACUUAACGCACAUUUACUUAAUGUAUGAGAUCGAAUUACGGAUUUGAAAAACGAGCGUUGAUUGAGACCAAGCUGUCAUCACACGUGAUCCGUUCCCUCAGACAGCGUGGUGUGUGCAGCCAGCCAUGGCUCUGCUCUUCAGUAGAGCUGUUACAAGUUCACCUUUAAGAAAGAGACAACCAGUGGCUGAUCAGUCAUGUCAGAGCCUUGGACUGUCCCUCCUGUCACCAGACUCGUCCUACGAAUGUUAUUCCGUCAACCCUGUGACAGGCUCCCCCUGCUGCUGCCGACGCAGCCCCCGCUUACUCUCCAACGGCUACUACGUCCUCACGGAGGACAGCUACGUCUGGGACGAUGAAGGCAACGUGUCCCUCACUCCCUCCAAAAUCAACGUUUCCUACAAGGAAAAUCUAGUGAGAGUGUUCCGGCGCAGACGGAAAGCACGAAGGUCCCUGGCCAGUCUGUUGAGUGACAUGACUGAGACGUGUCAGUCUUGGCUGGAUGAGAGGGUGUUUGGAGGGAAGCGUUUUGCACCAUUGGCAGAGUCCUCCUGGGUAGAGGACAGCACCACCACACUGGACACCAGCUGCAGCUUCACAUAUGACCACAGUGACAUCACAGCCCCACCAGAGAAGUUGGCUCAGGAGCCUGUGAUCCAGGAGGAGAUUUGCUCUGAGACCUGCUACUCACAAGAGCAGUUCACCCAAUCACUGGGGGGUCUCUUGGAUGUCCCGCCUCCCUCCACAUUCCACUCCCAUAACUGCUGUCUUCCAGAGCCCCAACCAGCAGACUGUCCUACAAUGAAAGCCCUCUUCCUUCUCAUCUUCACUGUAUUUGUUUUCACUGCCAUAUUCUCAGGGUGCCUGUUGAGGGGGCUGACAAUGGCAUUUGUAACCUUUCUGCUGAUAAUGACAACUCAGUUCUUCACAAAGUCUGGACCAAUGGGCAAGUGGAGAAAAGCUCAAACGGAGGAUAUUACAUCAAGAAAUGAAUAGAGAGAACAGAAGAAGUCCCUCUCUUUCUCUUUUUCACACACCAGUCAGCCUAUUCAUGAAAUAUUUAUUCAUAGAGGUGAAUUGCGCUAAUAGGAAAAGGUAUGGAAGUUGACAAAAGGAAAAAAAAAUACUGAUGAAGGGGAUGGGAUGAAACCUCAAGUAAAUAUCUCACAUUUGAUCAUGAAAUUGCAUGUAGGUUGCACACAGGGAACUGAACUGAAAGUCAGUUUAGAAGAUAACCUUAACCAAGUAUAUUUAUGCUAUCAUUAUAAUAUCACAUUUUCAAAUGUAUUCCAGAUGUUGUACUUUAUAUUGUUAAUAGAUCUUGGCUUUUUUGGGCUGUCCAACGUGACCGAUUUUGUAGCUUCCAGUACUGUAUUUCCAGUACAAUUUCAGGUUGUCAAUUAAGUAGCCUAUACAUGCAAGGGAA